AAGAGACCAAACAAUGGCAGCGACCAACGCCACAGCCCGUUAGCUGCUGCUGGUUCACUUAAGUUGACUUUUGGUCCCGUCUGCUUAAACAUGUAGGCCAAGUCGAGGCAGUACUGUAGCUAUUUUAUGACUUUAUGGAUUGUUUUGUCCGUUUUAGCUUUGUAUAAAGUUAAUUACAUAGCUAUCGUUAGAUGAUAUCGAGCUCCUUACUAUUUUCUUGUGCGUACAGGCAUGUGUGCGCUGAGCAUCGAGCCACAGGACCUCAGGCUGUAAGAGGCAAUCACCAUGACGACGCAGUUUAGUAUUGAUGAUGCCUUUGUAUUGGAGGGAGAUGAAGAGGGAGCUGUGUCUGAUGGAGAGAUCGAGGGAUGGAAGGGCAGAGACAAGGACAGAGAAGCAGGAGAGAUGACAUUUGGUCCUCUAACUUUCUCCAAACCUCAGACUCAUCCCUCGCCUGCUGCUGCCGCCGGCUCCCCAGAGCACAGUAACUUAAAGUAUCAGAAUCUGGAAAAUGAAGACGUCUUGGGCAGCAAUGGCAAUUCCUCUUUCAAUAACUUCUUUAAAAUCAGCGACCCUGCGACUCUGUCUUACUGCAGCUCCCAGUGGUCCUUCAGCACCUUGAGUUCUGUCACACAGAUUUCUGCACACUGCUGCGGGUGGGUGUCCCAUCCGCUGGUGAAGAAAAACAGAAGAGUUGUUCUUGCUUCCUUCCUUCUCCUUAUCACUGGAGUUGCUCUUAUUUUCACAGGUAUUGUCAUACAGCUGAAUCCAAAUGCAGGUGUUUCAAGUGCUAUUUUCUUUGUACCUGGAUUUCUUCUCUUCAUCCCUGGCGUGUACCAUGUGAUAUACAUCAGCUGCGCUGUCCGUGGAAGAAGAGGCUUCAAAUUGUUCUACCUACCUUAUUUUGAAAAAUGACAUUUCAUGAGACACUCAAUUUCUUAGAAUUAAUUGUAUUUUGUCACUUGUAACAAAAAAAUGUAUUGUCACAUGGUUGUUUUUUCUUGUCAUUGUAAUGACCACUACUAAUUCAACCACUCAGUGCCUCGACUAUGUUUCCACUACAUGAACUAUUAUUGCUGUAUGUGUGUACAAAAAAGAAGGAGAGUGGUCUUGCCUGUGUUUUUUAUGUCGUGUGAAUGAUGACUGAAAUUACAAUAAAAAUGUUGUAUAUUUUAA